AUGUCACUCAAUCCUGGCGAAGAUGUUAAAUCUCGUCUAAGACCAUUUGGUAUUGUGUUUGAGAAAUCCCUACGGGAUUUGAUCAAAGGGAUCCGGGCCCACAAAGAACCAGAAGCACAAUCGGAGUUCUUACUAAAAGCCAUUACCGAGUGCCGUCAAGAAGUAAAAUCUUCGGACAUGGAUCUCAAGACAAUGACAAUCUUGAAGCUUUGCUAUUUGGAGAUGUAUGGUUUCGAUAUGUCGUGGGCCAAUUUCAACGUAUUGGAAGUGAUGUCGUCUUCGAAAUUCCAGCAAAAGAGGGUUGGGUAUUUAGCAGCGGGCCAAGCUUUUAGAAACGAAGAAGAUGUUUUAAUGCUAGCGACAAAUUUAUUAAAGAAAGACUUGAACUCCUCAUCAAGCGUCGAAGUGGGGGUUGCUCUCAGUGGAAUUUCGUCAGUGGUCAAUCCAACGUUGGCAAGAGAUGUCACUGAUGAUAUAAUAAAAAUGUUGAAUCAUUCCAAGCCGUAUAUCAGAAAGAAAGCGGUUUUGGCAUUAUAUAAGAUCUUUUUGCAGUAUCCAGAGGCCUUGAGAACCUCAUUUGAUCGACUUUGUGACAAAUUGGAUGAUGAAGAUGAUUCGGUGAUGGCAGCCACGGUAACGGUUAUUUGUGAAUUGGCGAAGAAGGCUCCCAAGAAUUUUGUGAAUUUGGCUCCAAGGCUACAUGCCAUUUUAUCUACUACAAAGAAUAACUGGGUCAUUAUAAGAUUGCUUAAAUUGUUCUCUUCAUUGGCGAAAAUCGAACCAAGGCUAAACUCAAGGUUGAUUCCAAAGAUUUUAGAAAUUGUUGAAACGACGGGAGCAAUGUCAUUGAUUUACGAGUGUAUUAAUUGUAUUGUGGUUGGAGAAAUGUUAGACGAUUCUAACUUGGACGUUGCUCAGAUUUGUGUUGAUAAUUUAAAGCCUUUUUUCACCGCCACUGAUCCGAAUUUGCAAUAUGUAGGAUUGUUGACCUUGAACAAGAUUGCAACAAUUCAACCCCAUAUCAUUUCUGAGCAAAGCAAGGUCAUCAUUGGCUGUCUUGUUCAUCCUGAUUUAUCUAUUAGAAAACAAGCUCUUGAUUUAUUGGAAUAUGUUGUAUCCGAGGACAAUUUGGAACAGGCGGUAUCGAUCUUAAUUAAUGAGUUGUUACCAAAUAACACUGCUAAUAGUAGCAAUGAGAUAGUGUUGGAUGAUGAUUUUAAAGUAAGUAUUAUCAAUAGAAUUCUUGAUUCAUGUGUGUUUAGAAAUUAUACCAACAUAUCCGACUUUGAUUGGUUUAUCUCUGUCCUUUCAGAUUUGAUAAAGAUCUCUGCCGAAUACAAUCUUCAUGAAAUUGGUCCUAGAUUAGGAAUCGAGUUUAGAAACGUCCUUGUGAAAAUCCCAUCAAUAAGAUCGGCAAUCAUCAAUGACUGCCUAGUUGACUUGGUUCAGGAUGAGUUGGUCGUUAGCAAUUUACUCGGGUGCAUGCCAGAAAUCUUAUGGGCUAUCGGUGAAUACUCUACAAUGAUCAAUGAUCCAAAUUCCUUGUUGUUUAACUUGCUGGACACUUUUCAAAAUGGAAUUGUCAGUGGUGAUGAUGCGUUUGAAGAAACCGGAGAAUACGAUAAAACUUUAGUGAUUUUGAUCCCUACUCUUGUUAAGAUCCUCAACGCCUAUGCUAAUGGCAAUUCGAACUACAUGUGGAAUUAUCAAGAAAAGCAAAAGGUAAUGGCACAACUUACCAGGAUUAUUGAUUUCCUCAAUAAAACAUCCGUGCUGAAGAACUUCAACGUCCAAGAACGGUCAAUUGAAUUCCUCGAGUUCCUCAAACUUUUGAAAGAGGCGAUGGAAGAAUUGCUGGAUGAUUCUCUCCAAUCCCCUCUUCUCUUAUCACAGGUAUUGCCAUCACUAUUCAACUCUUGGGAAUUGAACCCCAUUGCCAAAGACGUUCAGAAAGCCAUUGCGGUGCCUGAUGAACUUGAUCUAGAUGCGGAAAUUUAUCCUGUUGAUGGGUCGUACUCUGACCCCGAGGAUGGUUAUUUAAAAUACCGUAAUCCAGAAUAUUAUAAUGCAGCCAGUGAUCUGGACAUAUCUGAUAGUGAAAAUGAAUUCACAGCCUAUUCCAACCCAUUAUUAGGAAUCCAGGGUAAUGGAGUAGACAACGAUGGUAUGUACCAUGAUGAUGUGGAUGAACUUAUAAUGGAAGAUGACACAGAAGCUAGAGAAAAAAGAAGAUUGAAACGUUUGGAACGGCAGAAAAAUGAUCCUUUCUAUCUUAAAUCCGAAGAUGAAGUCAAUGUAUCGGUGUCCAAGGAUAGUUUUAUAGAAAUGGAUCUGGACAAUGAUAUUAAAGCAUCCACUAAGAAAAUCACCUCUAGCAAAACAGUGGGGAAAUCAAAGACAAAGAAAGUAAAGAAGGCCAAACCGGUGGUCCUAGCUGAAGAAGUAUUAUUUUCAGGAUCGGGAUCUGUUACUGGCUCAGCAAACGAUCUCAGCGCAAUUCCUGAAGGUUCCAAAACCAAGAAAAAAACCAAGAAAAAUAUUUUGAAAAUCGAUGCCUCAGGGCUCGAGAAUUUCGAUCUCAAUGGGUCAUUAGAACCGGAAUUUAGUCCUCAGUUAGAGAAAGAAAUUGGUUAUGUAGUGGAAGAUGUUCCGGAUAAUACCAUCACUAAUAAUAAUGAUCAAGGUGAGUUGGUGGUGGUGUCAAAGAAAAAGAAGAAAUCUAAAAAGAAGAGUGGUGAUGAAGACGGUACCAAAAAGAAGAAGAAAACUAAGACGGACGCUGAGGGAAAUGUCAUUGAAGUUAAACGAAAGAGCAAAAAGAAGGUAGUUAAAAUACAGUAG